GUGGUUUGCAGACAUCUCAGUGCCCUGGGGGACGCAAGAGUACUAGUAAGGUCAGAGGAGCCGUGGCCAGAGAUGGUUUGACCAUCAGUCAUGUUCUCAAAGACUCGCAACACUGAAGCGACACUGUCAGUUUACAAGAUCGGCCGCAUAAACUUCGGGAAAGUUUCUGAGAAGCGCCCGAGGCCUAACUGAAGAUUACUGCACAACUAGUAGGUAUGUUCUCUUCUGCUUCACGGAUCAGAUAAUGUCUAGCAGCUGUCGACUCUGAGGUACGACAUCCCACCCUCUUAUCCUACCUACACGGACAUCCAGAUGCCUGGGGGUCUGAAUGUCGAGCAAGUCGACACGCGCCCUGAAACGAUGCGUUCCCGCUAGUCUCGCAGUUUGCUUCCCGAACCACAUUUCCCAACGGCGGUUUGCGAGGAGUGCUAUCAAUGGCAAAUUCUACAGCCAACAGCUCGCAAGAAAGUCUUCGCUGCAAGAUGCAUGCUCACAGCGCAUAAAUGGUGGAGCGGCCCAGGAACGCUCUGGUCCUUCGGCCACUGCCCCGGCCGAAUCGACCGCAGUAUACUCCCGGGUAAUCCAAGAUGGAGGGAACACGGCGCAUGCAAUCACCAUUACUGGUGCUACAGCGCAUGUAGGGGCCCAAGGAACAGACGGCGGCGAUCUAUAUUCGGACUCUCAAAAAGACCGCACAGGAAGGCAUAGCUCUGUCUCGAAGUCAUCAGCCCGCAAGGGUGAAAAAGGGAAUCGGCAAAAAAGACCGCCUGAGCGUCGCUUUCCAUCGCGACUCACAAAACGCCUUGUCAAUAGAAAGCUCCCUGGCCCGGACGCAAAAUCUGAUCUUGUACCAUGGGACCCUCGCGCCGCCAAAAAUGCGUGGUCUUUCCCGCCAGCCGCAAGACAUGUCCCGCUGGAACCUGGAGGUGAUCCGGAAUUCUUGCCGAACAGCAACGAGUUUGCCCAAGAGUGGGUGAAGUUGUACAAACAGUUGAUAUUUCCUGUGGAUGGAGAUCUGACAAGGGCGCAACGAGAGCUUGACGUGCAUAGACAAGCUGCAGCGCAGUUUGUGAAAAGCACUCGCCUCAAGGACCUUCGGAAUGCUUGGCUUCGCCUUGGACUAAACCAGCGGGUGAAAAUCCUUCCAUCUAUCCUCAUCGGCUGUCUCAUCGAUUCUGCACGGAAGACACUGAGCCUGCUCUCGAUACUGCCAAUGCUGCCGCGCGAGUGGAAAACCCGAUGCGAGUGUCUCCUCUAUGUCGACCUUGUUCAUCGAGAGGAAGUUGAGAAAAACCCGGAUCUCCAAAGCAUGUUUGCGAAUCAAAUCAAGCAUGUGUCUAAAGUCUGGUCAUUUCCUGAAGGCAGCAUGCCUCGCGCCUUUCUUGUUCUUCUUCUACGGCACAAUAGCCCCGAACACUCGGAGAAUAUCAUUGAUACGGUGCUUCAAAGCUCUGCUCCGGUCCCUGUACCGCUCAUUUUGGUUAUGGUGGAUCAUUAUGUCAAACAAGGCAAAGCCGAGCGGGCACUUGAGCUUCUGGCAAAAAUACCCGUCGAUCAGAGAGAGCCUUUCAAGCAGCCUAUACUGGACCGCCUCCCGAGUCUAGUAAAUCUGGAUAGCAUCGAAGAGUUCGGCCCGGGCCGAAACUUCAAAAUCCUGCCUCGCCUUAUGGCCAUCGGGAUGCCAUUAGAUGCCAAUGUGCACAACCGCUUACUGCAGCGGGCGGUUUCGCUGCGGCUAACCAGCGUGGCAUGGGAAGUGUUUAAUUUUAUGGAAACAGAAAAUAUCCAUGUGGAUGCCCGGAGCCACUUGGUUCUGCUCAGGGAUAGUUUUGACCGGCAGGAUCGGGAAAAGCUAGACAGGGUGUUGUCGGCCAUUCAUCAGCGCAAGGACCUAUAUCAGGACCCGUACCUGGUUGCGUAUACGAUGCACAUUGUCCGGAUAGUUUGCUGCUUCGACCGCAAACUACCGCCUGAAGUCUGUUUUGCGCACAUUCUUGCCAUCUACGACCGAGCCUAUGAUCGAGCGCCGCUUGUUAAGCUUGGUCUAGCAGAUCCGUUACCCGCAGAGCAGGACGCAGUGGCGCAGCUCCCACAGCCGCGUCCAGCAGCGCUAGGAUUCACCAUCUGGGCUUACGUUCUCUGCCAAUCUGAUGAGAAGCCGGUCUCGAGGUUGUGGCAUUGGAUUGCUCAUUUGGUGCAGCAUGGGGAUUCAACAAUGUGUGAGGCUGCGAAGCACGACGUCCUGUACAAUGGCUUUGUCUCGUUUUUCUCCCGUCAACCUUCCACACUCCAAAAAGGAGCUGAGGUUGUCGAAGAGAUGAUGGAACUCGGACUAUGCAUGCCCACCCAACGUACAUGGAGUGAGCUGCUUUCUGGCUUCUUGCGGCACGGCGAGGAGGACGCGGCGGAGAAGAUCUGGCGCACUAUGCUGGCAAGGGGCGUACUUCCUUGCGCAAAGGAAUGGUCGUUCCUGCUUACAAGAUAUGACAAGUCGCGACUGUCCCAGCUUGUACGUCAUGUCUUGAAUGAGCGAGAGAUGCCCGAGGGACUUGAGUCAGCUCUCGGCCUGGCAGGGCAGACUCAUGAUCAGUCUAGCGAGCCAAAGCAGACACUGUUGGGAGAGCCAGAGUAUGCUGCCGAGGAGUUGGUCCAGGAUAGGUGACGAGUCUCACACUGCUAGUGGCGUAAAUAGAAAUACAGAACCUAAGGCAG